GAGCUUGAAAGUCCACGUUUGGGAUGUCUUCUUUUAUUUUUCAACAUACACUGAACUCUUGUAGACGAGCUUUCUGGUAAUUUGAUUACAUAGUCUUGAAGUCUUAAUUGUUUUCCAGGCUUCUUGAAACGCUCAAAGCCCUUCUUUUAAUGUUUGUUGUAUUUUUUUCCGUUCUCUGUCAAGAUGAUCCGACACUGAUUAAGUAAUGUUGAGGUCCGGGCUCUGGGGAAACCAAUUCAUGACUGAUGGUGAUCCACUGUGUGUCUUUUUCUAUUCAUGCUUGCUUUUACUUUAUUAGCAGUGUGUUUGGGAUCAUUGUGAUGCUGAAAAAUGAAGCUGUCACCAAUCAGAUUCUUUCCACAAUGUGUUGCACGGUGGAUCAAAAUCUAACAGGACUUUUCUGCAUUCAUAAUUUAAUAGAUUCUGACACAAUUUCCAGCAUCACAGGCUGUAAAUGCAGCUCCAAACUAUGGCAGAGUUUCCACCGUGUUAUUUUUUUUUUUAGAUGGCUGUAGACGCUCACUGUUCUCCUGAUCUCCUCUUGUGUAAUUGGUCAUACCUCAGCCUUUUCUCGCUCUUUUCCUUCCUUAAGAAUUGCUUCUAGACAGCCACCCUUCCACUGAGACAAUUUCUGAAGGACCAAACCACUAUCACAAAAAUACUUCUGAAACCCUGUAUCUUUAUCUAUGUUUAAAAUAAUCAGUAUUACUCUACAUGAAUAAAUCAGUUUCCUUUUAUUACAACAGAGAGUAAGUUACUCAGAAUAUCUCAAAUACAAGCAGCAUUUUGCUUCAUAUAGGCUGCAGUAAUAUUUCCACUUAUUUGCUGUAUUUUAACCCCUCCUGCCACAGUUUGCCAUGGAAGACUCCAUUGAAGUAAUCCUGCAAAACUAUAGCGGGGUCUUCCCUACCAACAGACCUCAUCCCAUCUUCUCAGCCUGCACAGGUGCUCUGCUUACAGGCCUGUACGGAUUAUGGAGCCUCUUCACCCUACCGGGCUUCCGCAAAAUCCCAUGGAAGCUCAAGAAGACAGCGGUGCCCUAUUUGCCCUCCAGUAAAUAUCAGACUGCGAACGUGAUGAAGCUGCUUGAGGGUAGAUCAGGUUGCUUGGCAGAUCUGGGAUCAGGAGAUGGAAGACUGGUAUUUGCAGCCUCUGCUGCUGGUUUCCAGUCCACAGGCUUUGAAAUAAACUCCAUUUUAGUGGCAUAUGCCAGGAGCAAGGCCUGCUGGACAGGAGUCCCCUCCAGUCAGGCAGUCUUUAUUAAAAAAGAUUUCUGGAAGACCGAUUUGUCUUCAUACAAUAAUGUGACAGCGUUCCUUGCUCCGGGAGUGAUGGAAGUGCUCGGAGAGAAGCUGUUGAAAGAGCUUUCAGAUGACGCGCUUGUUAUCGCUUGUCGCUUUCCUUUCCCUAACUGGCCACAGCAGUCAUCCGCUGGCUUCGGACUCGAUCAGACCUUUGCUUACGACAUCAGCACUGUGCGCUCGUACCUUAGAAGCGAAGCAAAACCAGCAGUGCAAUAAAAUUACAGCACUUUCUAGAAUUGUAACUCAAAACAGCACUGUACCCUCCUGGGACUUUGUUCUUGGACAGUAAGUGCAAUAUAAUAUGAUAAGAAUCCCAGACAAAGAGAGCAUAAAUUGGUAGUCUGGCAGUUAUAAACACUGAUCAGGAGAGAUCGUUCAAAGAAGUCUUUGAAAAUGUCAGGAUGAUUUCACCUGACGUGUGUACUAUUUUUUUUGCACUUUCACAGCCAAUGGAGUUUAAGCCAUAAUGCUCAAGUCCGUGUUUUAAAUGUUAUCAUGCUUCACUAUAAAGAAUAUGUUUGUGACUGACUGCAGCUCUCCACGAGAGCUCUCACACUGCAAGCCAUUUAUUUCCAGCAUCAGCACUAAUAAAUGUCCUCACUGGGAUGCUGCAGGAGAGAGUCUGUGAAUAGUUUUGUUUCAUUUUGGUUUUGUGACACUGACAUUAAAUUCAAAUGCUGUGGUU